AUGGCGGCCACUGCCCCCCUUCAGCCCCCUCACCGGGCGGCUGGCAAGCCCCCCCCGGGCACCAAGAAGUUACCGGGUGCGCUGGGGGGGGUACUGGGAGUGCUGGGGGGGGACUGGGAUUGCUGUGGGGGAGAACUGGGAGCGCUGAGGAGGCCAGCAAGGGGGUUACUGGGAUCACUGGGCAUUACUGGGAGUGCUGCAGGAGGGUUGCUGGGAGCACUAGGAGCCCCGGGACAGAGUUACUGGGAGCGCUGGGAAGGUCGACUGGGGGAAAGCAGAAGUGCUGGGGGUUACUGGGAACACUGGGGGGAGUCACAGGAAGCACUGGGAGUUACUGGGAGCACUGGCAGGGGGUGGUCCUGGGAGAGCACGGAGGUUUACUGGGAGCACUGUGAGGGCACUGGGGGUUACUGGGAGCACUGGCUGAGGGUGGUGUCCCCGCAGGCACCAUGUUCCUGGCCGAGGACCCCUGGGGGCUGGUGGCCCUGGGACAGCGUCCCCCCCCACGUCCCCCCUGCUCCCGGCCCCGCCAACCCUCCUCAACCACCCCCGGUGCCGACGCCACCCACCCGCGACGCCACCGACGCCGCCUGCCACCAGCGUGGCGUCCCCACGUCCCCGCCGGCGCCGGAGGGCCACCGCUGCGGCGACUGCGGUAAGACCUUCGGCGCCCGCUCCCGGCUGGCGGUGCACCGGCGGGUGCACACCGGCGAGCGACCCUUCGCCUGCGCCCACUGCGGCAAACGCUUCAGCCAGAGCUCGGCGCUUGGCCUUCACCGGCGCCUGCACACCGGCGAGCGGCCCCACGCCUGCGCCGACUGCGGCAAAGCCUUCGCCGUGCCCUCGCACCUGGCGGUGCAUCGGCGGGUGCACACCGGCGAGCGACCCUUCGCCUGCGCCCACUGCGGCAAACGCUUCAGCCAGAGCUCGGCGCUGGCUCUGCACCGGCGCGGUCACACUGGCGAGCGGCCCCAUGCCUGCGCCGAGUGCGGCAAAGCCUUCGCCGUCGCCUCUCAUCUGGCCGCCCACCGCCGCAUCCACACCGGGGAGAAGCCCUUCCCCUGCCCGCGCUGCGGCAAGCGUUUCCGCCAACGCUCCGGCCUCGUCACCCACCAGCGGGGACACAAGCCCUUGGGGACACCGAAACGGGCGCCGGGUGUCACCGAAUCCACUGCCAGGAACCCCAAAGGACCCCAAAACACGGACAUCGGGAAUCCCCUUCACUCUGCCCGUCGCCACAGGGACCUCAGGGAGCCACCACCAGCGCUCUGGCCUCGUCACACACACGUGGGGACACGAGUCACCUCGGGCACCCCCCGAAUUCAGCUCCGGACCCCUCGCUCCGGCUCUGGACCCCCUCUUCUGUCUCCCCAAAUUCGGCUCUGGACGCCCCCGUGCAGCCUCGGGGACCUGGAGACACCCCCCCUACCCUGUCCCCUUAACUCUGCCCCUCGGGACCCCCCACAGCCCUUGGGGGACAGAAGGACCAUGGAGCAGCCAGAAGAGCCGCCCGAUGCCUGGGACGGGGAUGGGGGGACAGUACCCGGCACCCAUGGAGGCACCGUGAAGUCCCCAGAGACGGAUGCCCCCAAGAGCCCGGUUACAUCACCACCACUGCCCCCAUCACCCGGCCUGGCCUGGCCCUGGGGGCUGCCCCCCACGCCCCCCCCGAGUACCCAGAAACCCUACAAGUGCACCGAGUGCGGCAAGGCCUUUGGGCAGAGCUCGCACCUGAUGCGGCAUUUGGGCACCCACACCGGCGAGAAGCCCUACAAGUGCGGCGCCUGCGCCAAGAGCUUCACCCAGAACUCCAACCUCCUGCAGCACCAGCGCACCCACACCGGCGAGAAACCCUACGAGUGCAGCGCCUGCGGCAAACGUUUCGGCUGGAGCUCCAACCUCAGCCAACACCGCCGUCUCCACAGCGGCCAGAAGCCCUUCCAGUGCGGCCAGUGCGGCAAAUGCUUUGGUGAGAGCGCCCGUCUGCUCGAGCACCAGCGCACCCACACCGGUGAGAAGCCCUACCGCUGCCCCGACUGCCCCAAGACCUUCAGCCGCGGCUCCCACCUCGCUCGCCACCGCCGCCUCCACGCAGCUGAGCGGGGGCCCGGUCCGGCCCUGGCAAUGCACCGGGGGCUCUGAGGGGCUCCCCAAGGAGAGAGGAGGAGGUGGUGGAGCAGAUGAUGGUGCUUCUGUGGUGACUGACCACGGGGAUGUGGUUUGACCUGCUGAUGCCCAUCGUCAACAGAAAGAUUCACGGAGGAUCCAUAACAUGGUCAAUGGCUGCUACAGCCCUUCUGUGGUGGCCAUGGGGACGUGGUUUGUCCCUGUUGGCACCCAUCGUCAAUACAAAGACUUCAGGAAGA